GAUUUUCUCUUGCUGGUUUAAUUAGUUUCCUUUUAUUGCCGAUCGGAGGGGGUUAAAGUCGCCCCGGCCAGGCCACGGGCUAUCAGUCUCUCUAUUGAAAGCUUUUUUUUUUUUUUCUUCUUUAAAUACAAGUGAGUUUGGAGAAAAGAAAGGAGGAGAGGGGGGCCGAGCCACUUUUUUCAGCACAGGAAAAGGUUGGAGGGGCAUUUAGCCGAGCCACCUCGCCGCGCCUGGCUGCUCCCAGCCCGGGAGACCUGCGCCCAGCCCACUUUUCAGGCGACGAUCUCGGGGGUAAAGAGAGCAAGGUUUUCCUCCUGGCCAAAUUGCAGAUUCACCUCUUUCCCCUUAAAAAAAAAAAAAAAAAAUCGCAGCCCGUCUUGUCUUGCAGGAAGAACCGAGGUUGGGAUCCACUCCUCUGGCCAUGCUGGCCGCUACCUGCAAUAAGAUCGGCAGUCCCAGCCCGUCUCCCUCCUCCCUCUCAGACAGCUCUUCCUCCUUCGGGAAAGGAUUCCACCCUUGGAAACGCUCGUCGUCCUCCUCCUCCGGCAGCUGCAACGUCGUGGGCUCCAGCCUCUCCGGCUUUGGCGUGUCCGGGGCCUCCCGGAACGGCGGCUCCUCUUCGGCGGCGGCGGCGGCCGCUGCUGCUGCUGCGGCGGCGGCGGCCCUGGUGUCCGACUCGUUCAGCUGCGGCGGCUCCCCCGGCUCCAGCGCCUUCUCGCUCACUUCCAGCAGCGCCGCCGCCGCCGCCGCCGCCGCCGCGGCCGCCGCCUCCAGCGCGCCCUUCGCCAACGACUACUCGGUGUUCCCGGCCCCUGGCGUGUCGGGGGGCAGUGGCGGCGGCGGGGGCGGCGGCGGCGGCGGGUCCUCGGCGCACUCGCAGGACGGCUCGCACCAGCCAGUGUUCAUCUCCAAGGUGCACACCUCGGUGGACGGGCUGCAGGGCAUUUACCCGCGCGUGGGCAUGGCGCAUCCCUACGAGUCGUGGUUCAAGCCCUCGCACCCGGGCCUGGGGGCCGCAGGCGACGUGGGCUCCGCCGGCGCCUCCAGCUGGUGGGACGUGGGCGCGGGCUGGAUCGACGUGCAGAACCCAAACGGCGCGGCGGCGCUGCCCGGCUCGCUGCACCCGGCCGCCGGGGGGCUACAGAGCUCGCUACACUCUCCGCUCGGAGGCUACAACUCGGAUUACUCGAGCCUCGGCCACUCGGCUUUCAGCAGCGGCGCCUCCUCACACCUGCUCAGCCCCGCGGGGCAGCACCUCAUGGACGGCUUCAAGCCGGUGCUGCCCGGCUCCUACCCGGACUCGGCACCAUCGCCGCUGGCCGGCGCGGGUGGCGCCAUGCUGAGCGCGGGGCCGUCGGCGCCGCUGGGGGGCUCCCCGCGCUCUUCCGCCCGCCGCUACUCUGGCCGGGCCACCUGCGACUGCCCCAACUGCCAGGAGGCGGAGCGGCUGGGCCCGGCAGGAGCGAGCUUGCGACGCAAGGGCCUGCACAGCUGCCACAUCCCGGGCUGCGGCAAGGUGUACGGCAAGACGUCGCACCUGAAGGCGCACCUGCGCUGGCACACGGGCGAACGGCCCUUCGUGUGCAACUGGCUCUUCUGCGGCAAGCGCUUCACGCGCUCCGACGAGCUGCAGCGGCACCUGCGGACCCACACCGGCGAGAAGCGCUUCGCCUGCCCGGUCUGCAACAAGCGCUUCAUGCGCAGCGACCACCUCAGCAAGCACGUGAAGACACACAGCGGCGGCGGAGGUGGCGGCUCGGCGGGCUCGGGCAGCGGCGGCAAGAAGGGCAGUGACACCGACAGCGAGCACAGCGCUGCGGGCAGCCCCGCCUGCCACUCCCCGGAGCUGCUGCAGCCCCCCGAGCCAGGCCACCGCAACGGCCUGGAGUGACGCGCGCAGGCGCUCGCCUCUCUCCCCAGCUGUCUCCCACCUGGGUGCGCCCUGGCCUCGUCUGUCCUGGCCUCGACUGCAGCCUUUCUCCAUGCACCCUGCUCGCCCUCUCGAUCAUUCUUGUCUCUUUCUCCCUCCCUUGACUUAACUCUGUAAAGGGGUUAUGGACAUGUAAGUAACAAGUCUGGGAGUCCCAGGCCCUGGUUUUCCUUCCCCACGGCAACCCCGCCCGAAUGCAGGGCAGCGCUUUCCCUCAUCCAAUCCCAGGUUAGCAUAACGUUUAGAGGUCAGCGGCCUUUGGAGUUAGAUCUGGACGAAUCCAGUGCCUGGGAGACCAGGGACCACCGAGUUGGCAGGAACCACCCGGCUACAUCAGCCUCAGCCUGAGCAGUGAGGAGGGUUGGGGAGAGACAACCCCGACUGUGCAGGCGCCCGGCCGCCUGGGUCCUAUAACCACAAUCCUGGGCAACCUGGGCCGGCCCGGGAGCGCCCUGCUGAGCAGCUGAGCUCCCCCACACCUGCGCCGGCAGUCCAAGCUCCGUGGGGUGCCGGUCUGGCAGCACCUAGACGCGGGAGAGUUUGCAGAGUUUAGCCUUCCCAACAUCAGCUCUGCUUGCUUUUCCUUUGUUCCCUGAGGUGGAACCGAUGCAAAUUUCAGCAGAGGGCGGUCUUAGAGAGUAGCUGCAGCAGCCUUUCAUCUUUAUAACGUUUUUUAAAACUAAAAUACGAAGGGGGAAAAAAGAAGCAACUUUCCACUUAUUUUCCCUUCUAGAUAAGUUUUCCCCCCUUUAUCAGUAAGCACAUCUUUCAAAACUGUGCUGAUAUUAAUCCCAAAGUUAUUUUGAUCGCAGUAAUUUAACUUAUGGGGUGGGGGCGGGGGUGAGAGUAGGUGUCUUUUUCUUAUGCAAAAAUACCCCCUUUCCGGUGAAACCAGAUUGUCUUCUUGUUUGUCCUUUCUACCUCGGUUUUCACCAUUCCCUAGCAUAAUCUCCCAAUCUUUUUUUUUUUUUUUUUUGCCUAGUUCAGUGGUCAAUUUUUAUAGUACCUCUUCCUGUAAAUUCUCACAUUUCACGAAGAUUUUAUGGUUAAACCUUUUCUUGUGAUCAAAACUUAAAAACAUGUGAAGAAGCUAUCAUUUAUAUCAAAUGAGGCAGUAGUUUAAAUGCCAAAAGAGGGAAAUUGGAAAAAAAAUGAAAACUUUGUUAAACUACAUCUGACCCUAAUGGUUUGUGACACUGGAGAAUAAUUCUAGUUUAGCUUCCAAUUAAAUACAACCAUCAGUGUGACAGUGUGAGGUGCAGUUGUCCAGGAGACGAUUUUGUAUAGUAUUUUUCUUGUACAUUACUUCCAGUAAAUAUUUGAAAAUAUAUUGAAGUAAACUUGAUUUUUUUUUUUUGUCACAGAAAUUAUUAAGAGUUAUUGUUGCGGUUCUGAUGAGCUGCAGUUUUUUUGAACUCAUUUCUGGAGGUGCAGAGCCAGAAACGCACUUUCGGGGCCUAGUUUUGCUCGAAUAUGAAUUUAGAUAGGUAUCAAACUGUAACUAAGACAAUAUUUGAUAAAUGUUGGAUGACAUUUAAUUUAAUGGAGCAUGUACUUAUUUGCAUUUGCUGGCAGUUCAGGCAUAGUUAAAGUGAAGAGUUCUCCUAUAUUUCACAAUAACUGGGUCUGCCAAAACCCAUGUAUUAAAUAAAUUGUCCAAGUGAAACUCGACUAACUUUGGCCUUUGUGUAUUUCCUGAAGGUAAUAUUGUUAACUGUUAAUAAACACUCCUGACACCACAUUGAAAUGUUUGCAGAUUCUGCAAACUAAUUGCUCAUUGUAAUGUUGAAAUAAUUUGGAUAUUUCACAUUGAAAUGAAAAGCCUUUCUCUGGAACAUUUUAGACUUGCAUUUUAAAUGCAUGAAGUGUAAUUGAUUUAUUUGUAAUAUUUUAAAUGGUAUUAAUAAACUCAGAUAAAAGACUAGGCCAGUUAAUUUGUAUUUUUUUCCCCUUUUAAAACUAUGGAUAUUUGCAUUUUUAUCUUCAGUUUAAAUAUCUAAUUUAAAGAAAAUACGAUCCUGUUUUGUGAUAAUAUUUAAAUAAUUGCCUUUUAAGAUAUUACUUAGAUGGAAAGAUCCUUUUGGAAAAGCUGUGUUUUCUCUGUUUACCAAGAUAAAGAAUAUAGUGUCUAAGAAAUGUAAUUAUUUACCAGUAGAUUUAGCUCAUGGCAUCAGGAUUUACUGACCUCUUAAAAUUUGUAUUGUCACCAAACAAUUCAAAGAAGUUUCCCCAUUCUGCUUCCUUGGCAGUGUUGCUAGAGUCAGGUUGUUGGCUGUUGACUGCAUUUAGUAUUUAAAAGGCCAAGCCUUACAUUGGAAGAUCAAUACAUCUAAAAUCAAAACAUGGGUUUGGGGAUAACUUCUAUUGUUAGGAGGUGGAGGAGGUCAAGCUAACAAAAGCUUGUUUUUGGCAUUCCAUGGCUGAGCUAAAGAUUAUGAAGAGGUAAAUAUCAGUAGUAGAUUCCUGUUGAAAUGAGUUAUCUGUUCUUUUAAAGUCUCUAAACAGCCACCAAAGAAAAGCAAGGUUAAACCUUAAUCUAUUUACUAGGCUAUUGUUCAAAGGUGUCAAUGAUGCCAAUAAAAAAUAUUGUCUUGUUACGUCUAAGUGCAUUUAAGCAAUGGGUGUUCCUUGAGCCAUACUUUGAAACAUGAAAUACUUCAAAUGUUGAUUGAUGUUAUUUCAAACUAUUUCACUAUUAGAUCAAUAUUAUUUUGAAUCAAACUGAAUAAAAAGUUAGUGUGUUGAGAUUCUAACAA